UUUUGGACCCAAGUUAAACCAGUGCUUCGAAGUCUUGAACUCACUGUGUCUAUACAAUCUGAAUACUUGUUCCACAGACACAGUGAUCUGGUGAGCAUCAUGUUUUUGACAAGGAUUUUUGGGAGGGCACUUUGCACUGCUGCAAAAUCUGAAAGUUCAGCUGCGGCAGCUGCUGCUUAUACGUCUAGGAUGGGGCAUAACCCACUCGAGGAGUUUUUCGAGACUGAUAGAAGCCCUGAUGAGGACAAACCUGUUGUCUAUGGUCGGAGUUGGAAGGCUUCAGAACUACGUCUAAAGUCUUGGGAUGAUCUUCACAAACUAUGGUAUGUUUUGCUGAAGGAGAAAAACAUGUUGAUGACUCAACGUCAGAUGCUUAAUUCUCAGAAUUUACGGUUUCCCAAUCCAGAGCGUAUUCCUAAGGUAAGGAAGUCCAUGUGUCGGAUCAAGCACGUACUAACCGAGAGAGCAAUUGAAGAUCCAGAUCCGAGGAGAUCUUCCGAGAUGAAAAGAUUGAUAAAUGCUUUGUGAUUAGCUUCGUGUUGUAGUGCGCUGUUGGGGGCUUUUGUAGCCAGUGUUGCUACUUUUUUCUUCAUUCAGGGGAUGCAGUUUAUAGUCGCAUUCCAGAAUCAUUUGUAUCUUCACUAGCAGGAAACUUGCAGCCUGUGAAUCAAGAUUUCUUUCUACGCGCUUUGUACAACAUUUUUCAAUAUAAAAUAUGGAGAGACUAGUUGUGUUGAA